GGUGCUGUAGCGGCAGGAGUCACAUGAGACAGAGCUCGUGUUGUGUCACGUGAGGUGUCGUUUCUAAAACAUGGCUCCAACUAGCACGGAACAAAAACAGCAUCGGCUAACUGACUGCGGUCUGUCUGCUGACAUGCAUCAGUAAACAUCUCAACAUGGAGCAAGCAGUUAAAUGUCGCCCCGCAGUACGCCCUCGUCUCAUAAAGUUAAUGAAGUACGAACUCAUCAUGCGUGAAACCGACCGUUAGCUUAACGCUAGCUAGCUGCCAACUGCUUCAAGUGGUGAGAGAAGGACAGACCCUUGAUGACUUUGACUUUUUCCUCCAUGAAUGUCUGAAAGUCAUCCUUGUGGGAGACCGCGAGGCAUACGCAUCAGGAGAUUGUGCAACUCUUAACAAGCACUAGAGAUUCACCAUGGAUUGGCUGAUGCACGCAGUCGAGAAAGACUUGGGGAUUGACCGACGGCAGCAAGGCCCGGGUUCCCGUUCCAGGGAGCUUGUGGCCCUUGUUCCUACACGCUGGGUAAUGGGCCUGAGGGAGAGGCGGGUCAUGCGCUGUGCUCACUUUGAUAGCAUCACUGAGGCAGAAAUUCGCACAUACCUUCAGUGUUCCCAGGCAAAGUUGCCUUCUGGCUGGACACGCGUGUGCAUUCAAGGUCUGAGGAAAAGCAAGCUGAGCUACAGACUGGCCAGAGACCCCUGCCAUCAACAGAUGGAACUGAUGUCACAUGAUUCCUAUGUCAAAACCAUGCAGUGUGUGACGCAACAUAAUGUCAGGAAUCUGUGGCGUGAUGCUCAUUACAAACUUGUGCAGACAUAUGCAGGACCCAAUGAGCAGAUGCAUACUGCAGCUGUAGAUGCAGUGCGUCAUGCUUUACAGAAGCUCUUCAAUUCCACAUUCAUCUCGUCUGACAAAGUUUCGCCAUCACUUUCUCCAGCCAGAGAUAAGGAGAAGGAAAACUACUUCCCAUCCAGUUCGUCUUGUUUUUCCAAGUCCCAGUCAGAACAUCUGUGUCCUAAUGUUCUGCCUGCAGAGUGUCUGCUGGAAACCUCAGAGAUGCUCUAUGUCAUUCUACCUUAUACUCAGUAUUCACUCCAUGAUAUCGUCUCCUUCAGCCCAGCCAAGCUCGCUAACAGCCAUGCCAAAGUGUUGUUCAUUCUCUACCAGUUACUAAUAGCCCUGCAGGCCUGUCAUGCAGCCGGUCUGUCUUGUGGAGAGCUUUCACUGCAGGACAUAGCGGUAGACGAGCAACUCUGCAGCCGUCUCAAGCUCAACCUAGCUCAUUAUGAGGAGCUCGGGGCACAAGUGGAAGCAGACAGUGAUGUUAUUGGCAGUCAAGUGCCAAAAAGUGUCCUGCCAAGGGACAAUUCAUAUACGAGCCAAGAGAACAAGAGACUUUGCAAAGACUGCUUUGGUGAGCUCAAGACAUUGGUUCUGGACUGGGUCCAUGGACGAGUGAGUAACUUCCACUACUUGAUGGAACUGAACAGGCUAGCAGGACGACGAGAAGGAGACCCUAAUUAUCACCCUGUGCUGCCUUGGGUGGUGGAUUUCACUGUGCCAUUUGGAAAAUUCCGUGACCUCAGGAGGUCAAAGUUCAGACUCAAUAAGGGGGAUAAGCAACUGGACUUCACAUAUGAGAUGACCAAAGAAGCUUUGGCAGCUGCAGUGGGUAACGGGGUAGGUGGAAGUGGUGUGGGUGGAGACCUCAGUGGCUCUGUAGGUGCUGGUGGUGCUGGACAGCCUGACCACCUUCAUGUACCUCAUCACAUAUCUGAUGUGCUCUCAGAUAUUACCUACUAUGUCUACAAGGCCAGGCAGACACCCAAGUCAGUGUUGUGCAGCCAUGUUAGAUCACAGUGGGAGCCCAAUGAAUACCCAGCCAGCAUGGAGCGCAUGCAGAGUUGGACCCCUGAUGAGUGCAUUCCAGAGUUCUACACAGAUCCUUCCAUUUUCCGCUCUAUUCACCCUGACAUGCCAGACUUGGAUGUGCCUUCCUGGUGCAAGUCAUGUGAGGAGUUUAUUGAGGUCCAUCGACGCCUUCUGGAGAGCAGAGAGGUGUCCCAGCAUUUACAUCACUGGGUAGAUCUCACAUUUGGGUAUAAGCUGUCUGGUAAAGAAGCUGUCAAGGCCAAGAAUGUGUGCCUGCACCUUGUGGACAACCACACCAACCUGACUACCUAUGGUGUAGUUCAGUUGUUUGACCAGCCCCACCCACCCCGCUUAUCUCCUUCCCAGUACGCCCCAGCAGAACCUCCUCUCCUUGGCCUUGCUGCGCUGAAUGUGCCUUCUCUACAUAUCCCUCAAAUUGACACUGUGGCUGACACUGUGGAUGGAAUGGUGCCAGAGUCCACUGGGUGUGAGUCCAGUGGCUGGACCAUGGUGGACAGAGAUGAAGAGCUUGAACAAGGAAUGGAAGCUUUGGACUCAUUAGCAUCCACUGGCUCUGGCACUGGCCCUGUGCCCAUGCCAAGCAUCAGUGCAGCAGGCGGAAAGAUGGGAGGAGAGCACGCAGCACUUGCUGUGUCUCAGUCCCCGUCAUCAUUCUCUGGUGAUUUCACAAGCGGCCUGGGCCCUGGUUUACGCAGUGCCAUGUUACAGAAAGGUGGGUCCAUAAACAGAAAACAAGGAGAGGGGAGUGUGACCAUCACCAAUGCAGAGGAAGUCAAGAUCAUCCUCCCUGAAGGUUUCAACCCAUUGCAGCCUUUGGAAGAGCUUGAGAAGUUGAACAAUUUCCUGGUGAAGAGUCUGCAUGCUGAAGUGUGGCAUCCUAGAGGAUGUAGUGACUGCACAAGAGACGGUAUGGUGAUUGAUUCUCUGCCCUCUCUCACUCAGCUCUACCAAAGAGACAUGCAGGCCCUUGGUGUUCUAAUUGCGGAGAUAUUCUAUUCCUCUAAACUGAGAGGACUCAAACCAGGCAGUCCCCUCAAACAGCGCUUCCAGGCUGUUAUGAAGCUAUGCUCCGCCAGCCUACGUGAUGUGCCACUUUGUUUGCAUCAUGCUCUUGAGACCCUGCUGCUAAUAGAGAAGCUCUCUGGAAUAGCAAAUAAAGAACUAGAUUGCCCCUUUCCACUCCUUUUCAAAUAUGACCCAAUUUGCGAUGGUCUGCCCCCCCCAAACCCCAGCCAGUUAUUGAACUCAGUCAUCAGUCCCCUUCCUUUUCCUUCCUAUUUUGCAGCACUUCAUCGUUUUAUCUUUUCCUACCAUGCCAAGAUGGAGACUACAUGUAGUCUUCAAGGAAGAGAUGUUGUCUUUCACCUGUGGCAGCAGCUUGAGACACUGUUGCGGGGUAAUGUCACAGCCGAAGGUUUGGAGAUUCUCCUGCCCUUCAUUCUGUCCCUUAUGCUUGAAGAGUCUACUGCUGUCUAUGCUGCUUGGUACCUUUUUGAGCCCAUCUCUCGAGUAUUGGGUCCCAGAAAUGCAAACAAGUACUUACUGAAGCCACUGAUCAAUGUUUAUGAAAACCCUCACUGCCUGCGAGGACGUUUCUAUCUCUACACUGACUGUUUCAUUCUGCAGCUGAUUGUGAGGCUCGGCCUACAGGCCUUUCUGUCCAGCCUACUGCCUCAUGUGUUGCAGGUCAUCACUGGCUUUGAAAGCUGCAUCUCAGGCUCUGGUGGAGAAGCGUGCAAAGGGCUGAGGGCUGGCACAUGCAAUCUAGGAGAGGAAGAGGAAGAGGACUUUCAGUGUGGUGAAGUGCGCUCAUCUUCUGGGUCUGUUAGUGGGAAUAUGGGAAGUAGCAGUGUAGCCAGUGGGGGAGUCGGUGUGGUGGGAGAUGCAGGGCUGGUCGAUUACUCCUCUGGCAUCAGUCUCAAUGACCAAGUGUUUCUCUCAGAGGCAGAGGACUUUCAGAAUGGGUUCUAUGUCAACAAUGGAGCAGGAGUGGCUGCUGGCAAACAGCAGAGCCAGAACUCUGCAGCUAAGGAUCAAGACCAGGAGUCUCUAAGCGUGGGGAAACUAAGUGAUAAAAGCAGCACAAGUGAGCUCUCUCUGGGGGAAGGAGAUUCAUUGCGGGAUCGAGCCAGUCUCAAAUCAGCUGACAGCAGCCAGGACCUGAAACACGCUAGUGAGGGAGAGGAGGGUGGAGAGCUGGAGGAAGAAGAGGUGACUGAGACAAAUGAAGGUAAGGAGGGGACAGAUGACCCUGCUGCUCCCAACCUGGAGCUUACUCUCUCCGGUUGCACGGAAGCUUCAGGAGCCACAGUUGCUACUCUGGAGGGUGAUUUUGUGAAUGGAUUGGCACUGGAGGAGACUGAAAAAGGCAAUGUGGGAGAGCAGGAGGAAGAUGAUCCCGAUCCAUCAGAAGACUCUGAGGGGAAAGAGCAAAAAAUUCUUCUAGACACAGUCUGCAAAACAGUUCGAUGGCUGUCAGCAAAGCUUGGACCAACAGUGACGUCUCGAUACGUAGCCAGGAAUUUGCUACGAUUGCUCACAAAUUGUUACAUUGGGCCUGAGAAACAUCGGUUUGUGGCUCCUGUGUCUGAGGAGGGCAAUCUGGAGAGUGUGGGAAUGGGCAGUGUGUAUGAGAAGAAACCUGUGGUUGGAGACCAGACAGCAGGGCCUGUGUUGGACUGCCUCAUCUACAUAGCUCAACUUUAUGGAGAGCCUGUACUCACUUACCAGUACUUGCCUUAUAUAGGAUAUCUGGUUUCUCCACCUUCUUCCCAGCGUCUUAACACGCGUAAGGAGGCAAGUCUGCUUGGAGCUGUUGCACUUACACAGAAGAUUGUUGUUUUUCUCUCUGAUACCACUCUAAUGGACAUGCUGAUGAAGAUCAACCAGGAUGUGCUCCUACCACUACUGGACCUGCUUACCACCCCUCGUAUGGGGUUUCCCAGUGGGGUGCAGACACGCACUGCUGUCUGUCUCAAGACACUCAGCCUGAUGGCUCUCAUCUGUCUGCGCAUCGGGAGGGAGAUGGUGCAACAGCACAUGGCUGACACACUGCGUCGGUUCUUUGCUGUUUUCUCUCUGCUGCAUUCUCUGCAGCCCCAGCUUGAUGAGGCCCCUCGCAGAGUUGUGGGAGAAGUGACUGUCGUGGACGUCUGCAUGCCUGAAGAGUCCAAUGUCACAUAUGAGUUGGGGGUGUUAGAAGAACUGCAGACUGUAUUUAACCCUGAGAUGGCCCAUGCCUCCUAUAUCCCCUUCUACUGUCUCAUUGGUGACAUGGCAAUUCGAAAAUUGGUUCCCAACCACGAGCUGGUGUGGCAGUUGGCCCAGUCUUUCCAUCAGAGUGUAAGUCAGGGGAGUCCUGAGACUAACCUCACCAUAGCAUCUAGGGUGGCGCUUCCUUCUUCCUCUGUGGGUAUCUCCUCGGGUUUUGCCAGGCGUGGGGGUUGCAGUCCAUUCCCUGCACCCUCGACUAACUCCAUCCCGCUGGGAGAUCCCUUGCCUGAGUCAGGCACAUUUGGGAGCCACCUGGUAGGAAACCGCAUCCAAGUGUCCCGGGACACUGAUUAUGACAGUAGUCCAAGCCUGGGUUUGGCCAACUCUUGGGGACGCUCUAGUCAUAGCAACCCCAUCAACACCACUGCCUCCACCUUCACCACUCCAUCUGUUGGGGGAGCUUCCUUUUCCUCCCCCUGGGUGACAGGCUCUACCCUGGAGGAGAGUGCCCUGAAGCAGGAGCUCCCUCGCAGUGGCCGCUCCUUGCAGGGCAACUGGCUGGCCUACUGGCAGUACGAGAUUGGCCUCAACCAACAGGAUCCACAUUUCCACUUCCACCAGAUCAGAUUGCAGAGCUUCCUGGGUCACUCAGGCACCACAAAGUGUUUGGCACCUCUGGCAGGAGAGGAUUACUUCCUUUCUGGUAGUAAAGACAAGACUGUGAAGCUGUGGCCCCUCUAUAAUCAUGGUGAUGGAACACAGGAGGUGGGGCCUAGACUGACAUACAAUGACCAUCGAAAGUCAGUUUUCUAUGUUGGACAGCUGGAAGCUUCACAAGAAGUUGUCAGCUGUGAUGGUACUGUGCACCUGUGGGACCAGUAUUUAGGCAAGCAGAUCCGCUCAUAUGAAGCUGUGGAUGGGAAGAAUCCCAUCACAGCUGUCACCACAAUGCCAGCUCCACACUGCAGUGUUGUGUUUGGCAGCGCGGAUUCUGUUCUCCGCUUCAUUGACCCUCGCAAACCAGGACUGCAGCAUGAAUUUCGCCUGGCUUACAACAAUGCGAGCGCUGGGCUCAUCCGCUACCUGGCAGUGAGUCCUUCAGGUCGCACUGUGGCGGCAGGUUUCUCAACUGGUUUCAUUGUUCUGCUGGACGCACGGACUGGACUUAUUCUGAAGGGCUGGCCGGCUCAUGAGGGAGAUAUCCUCCAAAUGAAGGCUGCAGAAGGAAACUUGGUCAUCAGCUCCUCCACGGACUACACACUCACUGUGUGGAAAGAUCUGGAACACAAGCCUCUUCGCCAGUACAGGUCGCAGUCCGACCCCAUUCACGCCUUUGACCUUUACGGUUCGGAGAUUGUAACUGGAACAGUGGCUAACAAGAUCGGGGUGUACUCCAUGGCAGAUAUCUCCCUGAGCCCUGUUAGCAGCACUAAACUGAGCUCAGAGAACUUCCGUGGCACUAUGACCAGCCUGGCAGUUUUGCCUACCAAAAGGCUCUUGCUGCUGGGCUCUGAGAAUGGGGCCAUCCGGUUAUUAGCUUAGGGAAAAUCAGUGGCCCCCAGCUGCGCUAAACGCUUUUAGCACUGACUUUGAAAGUGUCUUAUUAGCGAAGACUCCAGGUAUGCGAGUGCUCUGUCCCUCCUCCUGUGCUAGAGGUCAGUUGUACUGGUGGAGCAGGUUAUCACCUCCACUGUAUUGCUUUUUGAACGGAUCAGCACAAGCAAAGGCAUCAUAUGAGCUUCUUGUAUACCGAAUCUUGUCACUCUGGCCUUCAGCACCAAAUUUAAUGAACAGGAAUCGUGUGGUUCGGAGUGAAAAUUUAUCAUGUACAGUAAAUCCCAUGAUAUUUUAAGAGCCUAUAGAUGUAUAGAUAGUAUAUAGGUGGGAAUUCUUAUCUUGAUAAGGUCGUUUGUUCUUUUGACCAGGCCAGUUAUUCUGUUCAAAAGAACGAAUCAGAUGAUGUGCUCAGGAAGGUGGAACCAAACACGGUUCUUAUGUAGUGUUUACACUUUCCAAAUAGAUGCAUAACAACACCAAAAAUACAUUGACCUCAUCUUUCAUUUCCCUUGAUGUUAAAAUACGCGCGUAUCUAAAUGCACUGAUUAAACUAUGCAGUAUUUGUAAAUCAUUUGUAGAUGUGUUAGCGUCACUCCGUGUUUCAUGAGAGUCUUUUUCACAUUAGAUUGUUUACACAUCAUGAACAAUAAAAGUUUAGUCACUGUUUUGUCGACAGCCUCAGUGCAUCUUCUCAGAGUGGAAACGCUUCAGUCAUCGUUGCAUACAACAUUCAGUAUACAGCCUUUAUUCUGCUGCACAAGUAUGGCCUCAUUUGUAACAUUUAGAUUCUCACACAGAUUUUAAAUACUGAAUGUUUUUAUUCACUAAUAAAUUACUUGAAGUUCCUUUGGGGGUUUUUAAAACGUUAAUUUAGCAGUCAGAGCAUGUAGCAACGUUGUACUGGGAGUGCAUCUGGGCAGAUGCCACUUUGACUCACCACUUUAUAAUUUCUGACUUCAAAGGCUAACAUAGGAGCAGUCAAUGCCAAGAUAAACAGUUUUGUAUUUUAACAUUUAUAUGUAACUGGAUAUGAAUAUGUUUAGAAGAUACCAACAAAAGUCCUAAAUCAAUAAAAAAAAAAGUGGUUCAA